CCUCGACUCGGCCUUAGUCCCGGAUUAUACGUCGUACAGUGUAGUACGUACAGCUUGCGAAAGCUCGUAUAACCAUUAUUAAAGUUGAGUGAAUUUUUCCUCAAUCCUUCAAAACACGUGUUUCGCUGAAAGUGUAGAAAACAAGUAAUCAGAAUGCCGCUCGCCAAGGAUUUCCUGCACCCGCUUCCGGCCGAGGAGAAGCGCAAGCACAAGCUGAAGCGCCUGGUGCCACAUCCUAACUCUUACUUCAUGGACGUCAAGUGCCCCGGAUGCUACAAAAUUACGACCGUCUUCAGCCAUGCCCAGAGCGUCGUAGUAUGCACCGGUUGUUCGACAAUCCUGUGCCAGCCCACCGGUGGCAAGGCCCGACUCACGGAGGGAUGCUCGUUCCGCAAGAAGCCCUAUUAAAUUUAAGGUGCCGAAGAUCUGGAAUCUACCGCUAUUCCUUCGAUUUCUGCUAGAGGAUUAAGUUACUGUCAGUGCGGGGGAAUUAUGGCCGCAGUUUUCGCGUUCGGCUGAGAACAACGGCGAAUCUGUCGCUAAGUGCAGUGCAUAACGUGAUUUAAUUAUUUGUUGAUUUUUUAGUAGGAUAUUGUACCCGGAAUCGUUGAGAUCGAAAGAAUAAAGGAAGAUUUUGGAAAAUCGGAAGGAGCUACAGAAA